AUGGUGGUCUUACUGAUGCACCUUCUGGAGCAUGCUGUGUGCCCUGAUUAUGCAGAGUUCAGUGUCCCAGUGCUCUACAAUACACGACACAAGGACCAUUGUACAUCUGGAAAACCAGGGGCUCAUGUAACUGUGAAGAAGCUGUUUGUUGGUGGAAUUAAAGAAGAUACUGAGGAACAUCACCUUAGAGAUUACUUUGAGGAAUAUGGAAAAAUUGAUACCAUUGAGAUAAUUACUGACAGACAGUCUGGAAAGAAAAGAGGCUUUGGUUUUGUUACUUUUGAUGACCAUGAUCCUGUGGAUAAAAUCGUGUUGCAGAAAUACCACACCAUCAAUGGUCAUAAUGCAGAAGUAAGAAAGGCAUUGUCUAGACAAGAAAUGCAGGAGGUCCAAAGUUCUAGGAGUGGAAGAGGAGGCAACUUUGGUUUCGGGGAUUCACGUGGUGGUGGAGGAAAUUUUGGACCUGGACCAGGAAGUAACUUCAGAGGAGGAUCUGAUGGAUAUGGAAGUGGUCGUGGAUUUGGUGAUGGCUAUAAUGGGUAUGGAGGAGGACCUGGAGGAAAUUAUGGAAGUGGAAAUUACAAUGACUUUGGAAAUUAUAGCCAGCAACCAUCUAACUACGGUCCAAUGAAGAGUGGAAACUUUGGGGGUAGCAGGAACAUGGGUGGACCAUAUGGUGGAGGAAACUAUGGUCCAGGAGGCAGUGGAGGAAGUGGGGGUUAUGGAGGGAGGAGCCGAUAUUGAGCUUCUUCCUAUUUGCCAUGGCCUUGAUAUGAACCAUGGACAAGUAUAUUCUGCUGCCACAAAGACUAAAGUUCUUCAUUUCAACAGCUGAGGAAGGUGUCUUGCUGCAGGUAACUAAUGAAGAAGUGGUCAACCACAGAAUCUUCAAGAACUAAGAAAUUCUGUACCAUCUGAAAGUAGUUCUUG